AUGGACCAGUUUCAUGCAGCUUGUAAAAGCCUCUUGCCGAGGCCGGACUGCUUCUCUGGAAUCUUCGAACUCCUCCGUGGCAGCAGCCAUGUGCCACCUCCGUCCUCAGGGGAGUCCUCAGGCUCACUCUUGAGGAGCUUUUGUGACGAAGUCUUGGGCGGCGGAGCAUCACUGGGAAGCCUUUAUGCCUACCUAGACCUGACACAGGCGCUGCUCAUGCUUCGGCCAACCUGCCGAGCAAUUGCUGCUGCUGCAAAGGGGCACCCACGGCUACGCAGCCCUUUGGUGGUGGAUGUGCAGGACAUUGAGGACUUGCUCAGCCAGAUGUGCAACUGGCCAAAAGGGGUUCUCAUCAGACAGGUGGUUGCAGCAGCAAAUCCACCGGAGGCGAUCUUGAAGAAGGUUACUCAGCUGCUGCGCGCCGCUCAAUCUGUGUACAAGGAGCUGGGAACUGGGUAUUUGCACAAGUUGGCACUGCCGCUGGGUGUCCCGAAUGCGACGCUGCGCAUGUGGGUGAGGCUGGGCGUGCUCAACCAACUACGGGAGCUGCAUCUGCUGGGCAGGGGUGGGCCAUCUGAUGCAGGCCUCACAUACUUGGCACGCUGUUGCCAGAAGCUCCAGCAUUUGACCCUCUUGGGCGGGAGCAGCUCUGCAGCAUCCUCCUUGCUCUUGCAGGCUCAGUCCAAAGGCACCUUGAGUGAUGACUGGUGGCGAGGCUUCCGAUGCACAAGGCUUUGCAUUUUGCCGAGACUUCAACAAGCCCGGCUGAAGGGUCUUUCUGUACAAAGAGUACCAUCGUGGUUCUGUGGACAGUGGAGUCCAACAAUGCCGACCUGGGGCCACGAGGUGCAUUACUAUGAUUCCUUGGGCCGGUUUGUUUGCAUGCGAAACAGCAUCAUUGAGCGCGUUGGCGUGGUACGUUCUCUUCUUCCUUCACAAGUUGGGAACUGGUGGGAGUUGGACGUGACCUUCUUGGCCCGUCAGGAUUCUCCCAGCCAGCUGAUCUUGCUUCUUCCUGUUGGUCCUCCGGGUGAAGCCCCGGCAACUCUGGAGUCCUGGGCGGGUCUUCAAAAGGAACCCUCCAGUGUAGUACGUGGUGCCAUUGUUGGGCCCAGCGACGGGGUCCGGGAUCGACCACGGAAGUUUCCGCAUCCAGGGCCUGGUCACGAGUGGAGGAGAAUUAGCCGUCAGUGCAGCAUCGAAGACAUCUUGCCAUGGGGUAUACAAGAGUGGGCGGAGGCUGCAAUAUCCUCGGGUGCUGAUGAUUCGGUGAGCAUGUUCUUUGAGGGUGCUAGCAGCGAUGAGGAAGUUGAAGAGAGUGUCUUUGUCUGGAAAUUGAGACGACUGGGAACACGAAGCUGCUAG